AUGAAGUCUAGCAAAAGCUCGAGUGGUUUAUGGGGAGAAUUACCACGGGAGAUGCUCAAACAGGAAAUAAUAACACCAGAUCUUAUAGAAAAUGUCUGGCGACAAGCUAUGGAUGAUUCAAAUAAUACUGAUUGCGACUAUCGGAUUGACAGGCAACCUGAAUAUCUACAAUUACCAAUGGGAAACUUACAUGUAUUAAAUACCAUAAAUUUUCAUCAACAAUUACGAACAAUGGAAGAAGGAACUAUGCUUGGAAACAUGACUGUUAUAGAAAGAGAGUCGCAAGAUUCAAAAGAGAAUAUACUUUUAAAAAAUUUAUUUCAUUUUCUACCUUAUCAGCCAAAAGGAAAUAUACUUGAAAAUUAUUCCACUAUACAUCAUUUGAUGCCACAAACUGCACGGAAUUUAUUGAGAUAUGCUGUGACUGUUUUAUUGGCUCACAUUGGAUUCGAAAACUCGUCGGACAUUGCUAUAGAAACACUCACCGAUGUCGCAGAUCACUUUCUGAGACGAAUGACUUUGUUGUUAAAAGCAGCGAUUGAACAGAAGGAUCAUGGGUUUCCUGAUGCUGUGGAGAGAGUACUGCUUGAAACAGGUAUGGGAGGAGUAGCUGCGUUACAUGACUAUUAUCAAGAAUACAUCAUCAAGUUUGAAGAGAAUAUGAGGAAGCAGGUCGAAGAAACGAUGGAAAAACAGAGGAUGGUUCUAGACGAAGCAACUAGCAAGCUACAAUUCGAGGAAGACGAGUUCGGAAAUGUAUAUAGAGAAGUUCCGACUUUACAGUUGCUCGAUCCCGAAAAGGGAUUUCCGCCCAGUCUGGACGCCGGUUUUCAAAUGCUCUACAGUCUUGAACAGGACGAAUUGAACAGUAUGGAAGUGGAAGAAGAGGAAGUGAACGUGAGCGAUUCACCGAAUAUGGGGCAACGAUCUAUGGAUGGGUCCAUAGAUAAAAAAAGAUGUUGA